AUGGCACGCGUAACACCAGAACUGAACGACGAGUGGGAGGUGGCAGCGAUAUCCACCCGGUACCUUGACGAGGUCAUGCACAGACAAACGCGCGCCAUUGUACUGAUGAACGGCCAGUCCUGGUGUAUAGACGACCCUGAUGUAGCGAUAGUCGUACUAGAUUAUAGCUCCGGCAACCCCCAACUCAUGUGGGCGCUGCAGCUAGUAUUGGCAGCGCCAUACCCGCUGGUAGAGAUGGACGAAUUGUUCGUUGUUACGGGGCCUGAGGGGGCAGAAGCAAGCCGGCUGACAGCAAUGAGGCGCAAUGAGUGUUGUGUGACUAUAGAUAACCGGCGGAGAAAGUUCCUACUAGUCACGGCGUCAGGGGAGGCGACACUGGGUAUAGGCGGUGUUGAGAUGCCCGUUGCCGGGCUCAAUAGGGAAAGGGAGCCAGAGGCACCUUUCUCACAGCCAAUAGGGGGACUAUUAACGGCAUGCCUGGAGAGAAUACUCCGGUCCCCGACACCAUUGAAAGUCACUAUGGAACAGUGGCUUUCGACGCGUAUGACAUCGCCAAACGUAGACUGGGCUUUGAUCGACGAGCUGGUUGCCUGGCUGACAAUGCGCUUCGUCCCGCAGCCCGAAGUGCUGCGCGACGAGGCGGGAGGCGCAGAGACGCAAUGGCUACCACCUGCAUACGCAAAUCCAGCGUAUGCAACGCACGGACUGCCGGAGUGUACGACACACCCGGAUGAAAGCAACUUCUACUAUCACGACCACGCCACGACGUUCACGGAUAACGUGUUCGUCACAAAGGCGUUGGCUAACACGGCUCCGGCUCUAAGGGUAGGGGCGUGGACGAACGAAGCCGAAUUGAUCACGGGGCUAGGGAUCGCAACCUACGUUCAUAGUGAACGGGGGGCUUCGUCGAGUGAGGAGGGUACUGCAAUGGCGUUGGACGACGUGGAGCGCGCCAUGUUGAAGAGGCGCCUCUACGAGGAAUGGAAGCGGGGGGUGGGUAUAGGGGACCAAGCCGUCAGUCCCGAGAUGAUGGGUAACGAUCGUGCCUUUUGGGACACGAUCGUCUACGGGACGGGAGAAGAGUCAGACUCCGUGUCGGCCGUCGGGGAGUACGCGCUGGGAAUUGCAAACAGAGCCCAGCUGUCGUGGGAGGCUAACGCUCAGGCGGGUGGCGUUAUGACCACACUAACGGUGUCCGCCGUAUCCAACCUUGAGGUGGCAUACUUAACCCAAGGUAAGGGAUGGCACGCGCCGCUGCGAGCGUCAACAUCAGUGGGGACCUCUACCGCACAUCUCCAUUCUCGCUUGACAAUAGGGCCGCUGCGGGCCAGGCCAGGGAAGGCAGGCCAGGGCGGGGCAGCAGGCCCAGAUACGAAGGAUUUUCAGGACGCGGCGCCCACAUCGCCGCGCGGCGGAGCGCAACGCCGACCAUCUGGCGGCGCAGGAUGCUCAGUAGAUCUCGAGCCAAUAAAAAGAAUGACACCGGACUGGGAGUGGACGACCGCACUAUACAGGAGGAAGCAGAGAGAGUAUAUUGACAAACUCGAGCCUUGCUGCAGCGACAAGGGUUGGGGCGCACCCAUGAAGUGGGGUUUGCCGCUCAAAGGUGACGUGCCCAGGAUGGCACGCGUAACACCAGAACUGAACGACGAGUGGGAGGUGGCAGCGAUAUCCACCCGGUACCUUGACGAGGUCAUGCACAGACAAACGCGCGCCAUUGUACUGAUGAACGGCCAGUCCUGGUGUAUAGACGACCCUGAUGUAGCGAUAGUCGUACUAGAUUAUAGCUCCGGCAACCCCCAACUCAUGUGGGCGCUGCAGCUAGUAUUGGCAGCGCCAUACCCGCUGGUAGAGAUGGACGAAUUGUUCGUUGUUACGGGGCCUGAGGGGGCAGAAGCAAGCCGGCUGACAGCAAUGAGGCGCAAUGAGUGUUGUGUGACUAUAGAUAACCGGCGGAGAAAGUUCCUACUAGUCACGGCGUCAGGGGAGGCGACACUGGGUAUAGGCGGUGUUGAGAUGCCCGUUGCCGGGCUCAAUAGGGAAAGGGAGCCAGAGGCACCUUUCUCACAGCCAAUAGGGGGACUAUUAACGGCAUGCCUGGAGAGAAUACUCCGGUCCCCGACACCAUUGAAAGUCACUAUGGAACAGUGGCUUUCGACGCGUAUGACAUCGCCAAACGUAGACUGGGCUUUGAUCGACGAGCUGGUUGCCUGGCUGACAAUGCGCUUCGUCCCGCAGCCCGAAGUGCUGCGCGACGAGGCGGGAGGCGCAGAGACGCAAUGGCUACCACCUGCAUACGCAAAUCCAGCGUAUGCAACGCACGGACUGCCGGAGUGUACGACACACCCGGAUGAAAGCAACUUCUACUAUCACGACCACGCCACGACGUUCACGGAUAACGUGUUCGUCACAAAGGCGUUGGCUAACACGGCUCCGGCUCUAAGGGUAGGGGCGUGGACGAACGAAGCCGAAUUGAUCACGGGGCUAGGGAUCGCAACCUACGUUCAUAGUGAACGGGGGGCUUCGUCGAGUGAGGAGGGUACUGCAAUGGCGUUGGACGACGUGGAGCGCGCCAUGUUGAAGAGGCGCCUCUACGAGGAAUGGAAGCGGGGGGUGGUGUCCGCCGUAUCCAACCUUGAGGUGGCAUACUUAACCCAAGGUAAGGGAUGGCACGCGCCGCUGCGAGCGUCAACAUCAGUGGGGACCUCUACCGCACAUCUCCAUUCUCGCUUGACAAUAGGGCCGCUGCGGGCCAGGCCAGGGAAGGCAGGCCAGGGCGGGGCAGCAGGCCCAGAUACGAAGGAUUUUCAGGACGCGGCGCCCACAUCGCCGCGCGGCGGAGCGCAACGCCGACCAUCUGGCGGCGCAGGAUGCUCAGUAGAUCUCGAGCCAAUAAAAAGAAUGACACCGGACUGGGAGUGGACGACCGCACUAUACAGGAGGAAGCAGAGAGAGUAUAUUGACAAACUCGAGCCUUGCUGCAGCGACAAGGGUUGGGGCGCACCCAUGAAGUGGGGUUUGCCGCUCAAAGGUGACUUGCCCAGGAUGGCACGCGUAACACCAGAACUGAACGAUGAGUGGGAGGUGGCAGCGAUAUCCACCCGGUACCUUGACGAGGUCAUGCACAGACAAACGCACAAAAAGUUCAGAGACAUACCAAUUCAGAAACAGCUAUAA